AUGAACAAGUCUUUUCUGUUAAUAGCUUCCUACUUCUUCCUUGUUGUUCAUCUUGGCACGGUGAUAACACAGCGUAGCCAAGAUGUAUCUUCUCAUCAGUACGUCCACCUGACAGGGAAUGGCCGCAGCGUAAAGAAGGUCACCCUCGAUAAUGACAUACCUGAGGGAGAAAUAUUAACAAAAAAACAGUCUUUUCUUCAAUAUAACACUUUAGCAGCAGGAUCACCACCGCCACCAUGCGUGGGUGACGACGACUGCUUUUGUAAGAAUUUUUACGACUUGACUUUAAUUAUUGACGAAUCUGGAAGCAUAGGAAUUAGAAAUUGGGAAAAUCAUGUCAUCCCAUUUACAGAUAAAAUUAUAAAGGACUUACAUAUUAGCGAAAAUGAAGUACACGCAGGAAUUUUGUUGUUUUCCAACUUAAACAGAGACUACGUUACCUUUGAUGAAAGCGAAAGCUAUAAGAAGGAUAAGCUUUUGAAAAAAGUGGACGAGCUAAAAAAAAAAUAUGGUUCUGGAGGUGCAACCAAAAUUGUCUCAGCUUUGAAGUACGCAUUGGAUAAGUACACUAACCAUAAGAAAGCGAGACCAAAUGCCCCCAAAGUAACCAUACUUUUUACUGACGGAAACGACACUUCCCCAGGAAGCUCUACUAAGCUCCUUGAUAUGGGAUUAACGUACAGAAAACAAAACGUAAAAUUGUUAGUUCUUGGUGUUGCAGCAGCGAAAGACGUUAAUUUAAGAGCAAUAGCUGGCUGUGCAGAUAAAAAUGCCCCUUGUCCAUAUGCCAUGAAGGCGGAAUGGGAAACUAUAAAGGAUAUAACAAAAAAGUUAACGAACAAAAUAUGUCACACGGAGGACGAAGACGAGGAGAUCACCACUCCUCCUCCUACCCCCCCGCAGCAAAAUCCAUGCCAAGGAGAUGACUGUUUUUGUGAAGACUACUACGACUUAACUUUAAUCUUAGAUGAAUCUGGAAGUAUUACCCUGAAUAAGUGGAAAAUUGACGUUGUCCCCUUUGCAGAAAAGGUAGUAAGUAAUUUAAACAUAAGCAAAGACAAAAUACACGUAGGCAUUAUGCGUUUUUCUAUUAAGGUAAAAGAAGAUGUUAGUUACGCACAGGAGACGAGAUACGAUAAAAAUGCCUUAAUAAAUGUAGUUAAAGGAUUGAAAGACCAAUAUGGAAGCGGACGAGGAACCCACCUUGUGGAUGCCUUAGAACACUCGCUCACAAAUUUCACGAAACAUCCAAACAAUAGACGCAAUGCACCUAAAGUGACCAUUUUAUUCACGGAUGGCAAUGAAAAUUACAGACGAUCCAGCGACGUUCGCGAUAUAGGAUUGAAAUAUAGGAAGGAAAACGUGAGACUCAUUGUGGUAGGGGUUUACAGAGCUACCAUAAAGAGUCUAAAAAUGUUGGCUGGCUGCGAUGAGAAUGAGCAUUGCCCACAGGUCAUCAAGUGCGAUUGGGACCAGCUGACCAGCAUAACGGAGGUGAUCACGGAUAAGAUAUGCGACAUAGAUGCGGGGGAUCUGCCGUCUUUGCCAGACGAUGAAAAGAAACCGGACAGUUCGGACAAACCGGGAAAUUCGGAAAAGCCAGAGGGCUCGGAAAAACCGGGCUCUGCAGACCCCGCAGUCCCCACCGAACCAGACCAGCAGCAUCCCCCACCUUGCAUAGACUGGGACGACUGCUACUGCAAACACUUCUACGACCUAACCCUAAUUUUGGACGAAUCGGCAAGUAUAGGCAAUUUCAGAUGGAGCCACGAAGUUGUUCCGUUUGCAACAGAAAUUGUAAAAUCAUUACACGUGGGGUACGACGCAGUGCACGUAGGCCUCUUACUCUUUGCUCACUCAAGAAGAGACAUUGUGAGAUUUUCCGACGAAAGCAGAUAUGACAAAUCGUUCCUGUUGCAAAAGAUAGAGGGCUUAAAAGGGGAUUACAGAAACGGGAAGAAAACCUUCAUUGUGCAAACCCUGGUAUAUGCAUUAGCGAAUUAUACAAAAAGCUCAAGUAGAGUUAAGGCCCCAAAGGUAACGAUGAUCUUUACAGAUGGUAAUGACUCCAGCCGGUCAGAUGAGGAAUUAUACAAGACUGGCUUGUUGUAUAGGAGAGAAAAGGUGAAGUUACUAGUGUUAGGCGUUUCUAUGGCUGAUGAGAAUAAGCUAAGGCUACUAGUGGGCUGCGCGCGAAGUGCAAAUUGUCCAUUUGUGAUUAAGGUCGAGUGGGGACAAUUGCCCAGUGCGUCAAACGAAUUCGUGAGGAGAAUAUGCAGCUCUGGUCCUGUAAUACCUCCCGACGUUGGAAGCAGCUCACCACCACCUGAGGUGGACACCCCCACGGACCCAGAACCAGGUGUUCCUCCAUGCCAGGGAGAUGAGUGCCUUUGUCAAAGCAUGUACGAUUUAACUUUAAUUCUGGACGAAUCAGCAAGCAUAGGAUACUCGAAUUGGAAAAAGCAAGUGUACCCUUUCGUGGAAAAGCUCGUAAACAAUUUAGAAGUUGCGGAGAGCAAGAUCCAUGUGGGGAUUAUGCUAUUCGCUAAACAUAUGCGAGAUUUUGUGAAGUUUUCUGAGAAGGAAAGUUAUGAGAAGGACAGUUUAAUGAGGAAAGUCCCCGAGUUGAGAAGCACAUAUAAGGCUGGGUCAUACACUUACAUAGUGGAGUCUCUAGAGCAUGGCUUACAACAUUAUACCAAGGGGCCAAGCAGUAGGGCACAUGUACCCAAGGUGACCAUCUUGUUUACGGACGGGAAUAACAGCAAGUCUGGAGAUGAAAUUUUGUCCAACGUGAGUUCCCUGUACAAAAAGGAGAACGUGAAACUGUUGGUGCUUGGUGUUGGCGCUGCAAGUAUGCCUAAGUUGAGACUACUGGGGGGAUGUCACAAGACCGAGGGAGAUUGUCCCUUUGCUAUAAAGACGGAGUGGGACAGUCUGAAAGAUAUAUCACAGGGGAUGGUGGACAAGAUAUGUGACACAGAUACGGAGAUAAUCCCACCACCACCAUCAUCAGGAGGAGCAGGAGGGGGCGAAGUAGCGCCUCCAUCAUGCACAGGUGACGAAUGCUUCUGUAAAGACUACUUCGACUUGACAUUUAUAGUGGCCCCGUCCAUGAAGAAAAAUAGCAGAAGGAAGGACGAAGUUACGAAAUACGUUACGAAAAUUGUUAAUGCGUUUAACGUAGGUGAGAAGAACGUGCAUGUGUCUCUUUCUCUACACUUGGGCGCGAAGACGAUGAACACGGACUUUGACAAUCAGGUGGCAAAGGACAAGAAGGAACUACUGAACGCGUUAGAAAUCAUAUCGGCGGAGUAUGUGAAUUUGGGCAGAAAAACGAACAUUGCGGAAGCUUUAACCGUAGGGUUAAAGCAGUCAUUUUCGACUGGGCACAGAGAAGACGCCCCCAAGGUAGCGCUGCUACUAACAGAUAGUAACAAUGAUGUGUCUGAGCACGGGCUGCUGCAAACCAUGUCCAAGCAGUACGCAGAUAGGAAGGUUAAACUGUUGGUGGUAGGAAUAGGGAAGCUACCUGAGGAGGUAUUAUUCAUCGCGGCGGGAUGUAACUUGAGCAGUAGUGGAGGCGGUAAUCAGACUUGCCCCAAUGUCUUCAUCUCUGCUGGAUUUUCAUACAUAAACAGCGUGGAUAAAUUUUUAAGUAGAAACAUAUGUGAAGCUGUUGAUGGUGGUAGUCCUCCUCCUUCUUCUUCGCUACCACCCCCAAGUCUCCCAUGCCAAGAUGACGAAUCAUGUGCAGAGUGUGACGACGACGUAUGCAAUAAUGACCCGACCUGUAAAAAAGUUUUCGACAUAGCAAUCGUGAUAGAUCAAUCACGUAGUAUCACGAAUGAUCAGUGGAAGAAGUACGUAAGGCCUUUCUCGACUUACGUCAUUAAGUCGAAUUACUUGGCCAAAAAUAGGACUCAUGUAACUGUGGUCAAAAUGGGAAGGACAGCAAAGGUGCUAUGGAAAUUAGGAAGGAAGGUUAGUUACAAAAAAAAUCAAAUGAUUAAGAAGGUGAACAGAUUGGUUAAAUCAUCAUCGAGUAGGAAAGACAUCGCCAGUAAUUUGAAACACCUACGCGAAAAGGUAUUCAGCAAGAAGACGUCUUCUUCCUCCAACAGAAGGAGCAGGCAGCUCAUCAUUAUGUUAGUGGAGGGAAAAUCCGAUACCGAUUUGAAUGAGUUGCGAAGAGAAGUAGCGCUGCUCAAAGUGAAUAACAUUGACCUGUUUGUUUAUGCCAUAGAUAACAUCGAUGAGAAGGAGUACAGAAUACUUGGGGAUUGUGAAAAUGCUUCAUCCGGGGUUUGUAAAAACGCUGUGAAGGUAACCUGGGACAAUUUACUAUCUUCUGAAGAGAUACAUAGCAGCUACAUAUGCAACAAAUACCCUGUAGAUGCUGAAUGUGCCGAAUGGGGUGAAUGGAGCCCAUGUCCAGACAACACUGCCUCUACGUGUAACAAUUUGGCCGUUAGUAAAAGGGAGAGAAAGGGGCCACCAUAUACAUUAAAGGAGGAAGAAUAUAUAAAUGAUGGUCAUAACAUGAUGCAUGGGAACUCAUGCACAGAUUUGAACUCCAUUGAGUAUAGAGCUUGCCCUGUUACGGAGGAGUGUAAUGAUGUGUGCGGUGAUUUUGGCGAGUGGAGUCAGUGCAAUGCGACUUGCGGGGAUGGAAUAAGGACGAGACACCGAGCCGGAGCAGGACGCACAGCAUCCGGUGACACCCCACUGGCAGCCUCUUUCAAAGAUGACCAAGCCGAUUCAUGUCAGCUGUUCAACGCGACCGAGGUUGAAGCGUGCAAUGUCCAGGAUUGUGAUUCUGCAGAAAUAUGCGAGGAAGUCGGGGAGUGGGGCGAAUGGUCCACAUGUUCCAAGACUUGUGGAUACUCCACGAGAAGGAGAACCUUCGUCAUUCAGCCAGAAGACAUAGACGAGUAUGCGCACUGCUCGACGUUUGAAAAGUCCGAAACGGAGGUGUGCUCGGUUCCUGCGUGUGAAGAUGAGAAGUGCUUCGAGUGGGAGGAGUGGACCGAGUGGUCGGCGCCUUGCGGGCCCCGGAAGAGGGUGCAGCGAGCCCGCCUUUUCUCCAAUGCUAGCAGUGGCAGCAAUGGCAACAAUGGAAGCAGCGGCGGAGCGCCGCGCCCACAACCGAACCCAGCCGGCCAGGUGAACGAGUGCGAAGGUUACUAUGAGAACAAAGUCGAGCGUGAUGACGGAUCUAACGGCAUCCCUUGUACGGACAACCCCUGCGGAAGCUGGUCGGAAUGGUCCGAGUGUGACCGCACGUGUAACGUCGGAAUGAGGAUGAGGCGCUUUAUUUCGAACGUGACUGGUUUUGUAGGAGAUGAUAAGGAUUUAUGUUUAGAAUAUCACAACGAGAUAGAGACGGAGCCAUGUUUGGACUUACCUCUUUGCGAUGAUGGUGAGUGUAACGAGUGGGAGACAUGGGUUGGAUGCGGCGAGGAGGAGCAGGCGGGAUCGAGGUCGGCAACGUCGUCGCGGGCAGCCAACUCAUUGCCAUGGGGAAGAGGUUCCACAUCUUGCCAUGCCGCACCGAGGAGAAGAAUCCUCACGAGAAAACUAGAGCUGUUGCAACACAGAAAAGCGAGCACAUCGCAGUUUUGCAGCGACUACAACUUAUUCAGAGAAGAAGAGUGCCCAGUGUUGGGUGGCGGCGCCACCCCGUGCAACGACGCGCUGUGUAACGAGUGGGAAGAUUGGGGAGAGUGUUCCACGACGUGCGGUGCGGAAUCAUUUAGAGUUAGAAGGCGAAAAGAGCCCCUGGAGCUGAUUCCCCCAUCGGAGGAUUUGGAUGGGAACAUGGGGCUGACUUGUGAACAGCAGAAUAUAAGAAUAGAGGAGCGCGAAGCCUGCAGUGUGCCGGCGUGCGCACCGCCAUCGGGAGCAGGCAGUGGUGGUAGUGGAAAUGCAAGCGGAAGUGGCAGUGGAAGCGGCAGUGGAAGCGACAGUGACGGUAAUGGCGGCAUGGGGACCGGGGAGAAGGUGUCUCUGGCCGCAGGCAUCCUCGGGCUCGCGGCCCUGGGUGUGGGUGGGAUGAUAUACGGUUACAACACCCUGACUGGAGGCGAGGCCCCGCACAGCUCCAACAUGGAAUUCGAAAACGUGGAGGCCGAAGGAGCAGAGGCGGACAAGUCCAAUGAAGAGUUUGAAGUGAUUGACGCCAACGACGCCAUGUGGAACUGA